UAGAAGCUCCACUGAGUGAGCCCACCCCAUUCCCUUCUCCCUUCCUUACCUUUGAGCUCAGACACCGUCAUUUUCUCCUGAACACCUUUCUGCUACUGACAGUUACUGUGUCAGUAAGGGUCUUGAAUUUCAAGUUUCACAGAUGCCACCUAAAGGAAAAAGCGGUUCUGGAAAAGGGGGCAAAGGGGCAGUGUCUGGGAGUGACAGUUCUGACGAGAAGUCUCAGGGUCCCAAAGAUGGUGGCAAUGCAGCAAAGGUCAGGCACAUUCUGUGCAAGAAACACGGAAAAAUCGUGGAAGCCUUGGAAAAGUUAAAGUCUGGAAUGAAAUUCAGUGAAGUGGCCACACAAUGUAGUGAGGAUAAAGCCAGGCAAGGGGACGACCUGGGUGGGAUGACCAGAGUGUCCAUGGUGGGACCAUUUCACAAAGCAGCAUUUGCUUUGCCUGUAAGUGGCCUAGACAAGCCUGUUUUAAUGGACCCUCCAGUUAAGACAAAAUUUGGAUAUCAUAUCAUUAUGGUUGAAGGGAGAAAAUAAAAUUAUAUGGAAUACAAAAAAAGGGAGGGGUCUUUAUACUCUUU